CACCACGACCCACCACCAUGAGGGAGAUCGUGCACAUCCAGGCGGGUCAGUGUGGAAACCAAAUUGGAACCAAGUUUUGGGAAGUGAUCAGCGACGAGCACGGGAUUGACCCGGCCGGAGGCUACGCGGGUGACUCAGCUUUGCAGCUGGAGAGGAUCAGCGUCUAUUACAAUGAAUCAUCCUCCCAGACGUAUGUACCCAGAGCAAUUUUGGUGGACUUGGAACCUGGAACUAUGGAUAGUGUUCGAUCUGGCCCUUUUGGACAACUCUUUCGGCCUGAUAAUUUUAUCUUUGGACAAACAGGUGCUGGAAAUAACUGGGCCAAAGGACAUUAUACUGAAGGAGCAGAACUUGUAGAUUCAGUGCUUGACAUUGUGAGGAAAGAAUGUGAACACUGUGAUUGUUUGCAAGGAUUUCAGCUCACUCAUUCUCUUGGAGGAGGAACAGGUUCUGGGAUGGGAACUCUUCUCAUCAGCAAAAUUCGAGAGGAAUAUCCUGAUAGGAUAAUGAAUACAUUUAGUGUCAUGCCAUCUCCCAAAGUGUCUGACACUGUGGUAGAACCAUAUAAUGCCACUCUCUCAGUCCAUCAGCUGGUUGAAAAUACAGAUGAAACCUACUGUAUUGAUAAUGAAGCCCUGUAUGAUAUUUGCUUCCGCACUUUGAAGCUUACCACUCCAACAUAUGGAGAUCUCAAUCAUUUGGUGUCUGCUACAAUGAGUGGGGUGACAACAUCACUGCGUUUUCCUGGCCAACUAAAUGCAGAUUUACGCAAGUUGGCAGUAAAUAUGGUUCCAUUCCCACGCUUACAUUUCUUUAUGCCUGGAUUUGCUCCUUUGACUGCCCGAGGCAGCCAGCAGUACCGAGCACUUACAGUCCCAGAGCUCACUCAGCAAAUGUUUGAUGCCAAAAACAUGAUGGCAGCCUGUGAUCCAAGACAUGGACGAUAUCUGACAGUGGCCACAGUCUUCCGAGGUCCCAUGUCCAUGAAAGAAGUUGACGAACAGAUGCUGGCCAUCCAGAACAAGAACAGUAGCUACUUUGUAGAAUGGAUCCCAAAUAAUGUCAAAGUGGCUGUUUGUGAUAUAGCACCUCGUGGCCUCAAGAUGGCCUCUACCUUUAUCGGAAACAGUACCGCCAUUCAAGAGCUCUUCAAAAGAAUUUCAGAGCAGUUCUCUGCCAUGUUUAGGAGAAAGGCUUUUCUUCACUGGUUUACUGGUGAAGGUAUGGAUGAGAUGGAAUUUACAGAAGCAGAAAGCAACAUGAAUGAUCUUGUUUCUGAGUACCAACAGUACCAAGAAGCAACAACAAAUGAUGGAGAGGAAGCAUUUGAAGAUGAUGAGGAAGAAGUUAAUGAAUAAAGUUAAUACAAUUCUCAAGUCUGAAGUGUUUGCUUUAAUGCUAACCAUUUGCAUAACAUUAAGAAUACCAUAGAGCUUAAUUUUCAAAGGAUUAAUUUAGUCAUUUUCUUUAGAAUGGAUUGUGAAUGCUUUGCAUCAAAAGUAAAGCUAAGGCUUCCCCUGAUGUAUUUACUUGCUCAAGGGGGCUGCGAGAACAAGUCUCUCUCUCUCUCUCACACACACACACACACACUCCCUCUCACGGCCCAAUUUCUAUAAAAUAAGCAUUAUCCCUUCCAUAUUCACUGGGUAGAAUCUUGACCAUUUAAAAGUAGUCAUAAACCUAUUAAGUGUAAUUUAUAAAUUACAUAGGCACCCCAGUUAUAUAAUGGGUUCAUGAGCGCUCUUCAUUUGACUUGGUGUUAAUGCAUACAAAAUUUAUAUUGAAAUAAUUAAGUAAUUGUAUCCAGCUUCUUGAAAGAAAUUGAGAUUUUUUUUUUCCUUUUAAGGUAUAUAUAUAGUAUAUUCCCCUCCCACAUCCAACUGAAACAAUUCACACCACAAUCCUAUGCACGGUUAUUUGAAAGUAAAUAUUUCUUACUCUAAAUGAGAUUUAUAUCCAAGUAAAAUGUGUUUCAGAAUUGCAGUGUUACUAUGUCUUUGUUGUUUUGUACCAUGUAUUG